GCCCCACCCGGUUCGCUCCCCGCCCCCCCCCCACCCCCUUGAAGGACAGUCUCAGCCGAGCCCGCUGGGACCGGGUGUGGAGGCACCGAGAUGCCGCUGUGGCUCUGUCUGCUCCUGGCUGCCGCGCAGUCGGCAGCUCUCCGCAGCACCAUGGUGCACCAGCAGACCCCUUCAUCUGAAGUGGCUCAGAACAACACAAAGGUGGACAUAGUCUGUGAAGUCAAAACCCCCCCUCCUAACAUGCGCAUCUACUGGCUGAGACAGCUCCAGACCCCAAGCAUGAACAGUCAUUACGAGUUCCUAGCCUUCUGGGAUCCUGCAAAUCAGCUUGUGUAUGGCAACAAUGUGGGGCCGGAGGAACUAACUGUAAAGCAGACGUCAACCCAGGCCGUUCUCAGCCUCAAAAGCGUGAAGCCUGAAGACAGCGGUAUCUACUUCUGCAUGACCGUCGGGACCCCGGAGCUGACCUUCGGGAAGGGAACUCAGCUGACUGUGGUUGAUGUCCUUCCCACCACUGCCCAGCCCACCAAAAAGACCACCACUAAGAAGAGAAGGUGCCGACCCUUCCCGAGCCUGGUGCCUCAGAAGGGCCCGCGGUGUGGCCCCCUGACCCUCGGCCUGCUGGUGACUGGUGCCGUGAUUCUGCUGGUGUCCUUGGCUGUGUCCAUUCACCUGUACUGCCUGCGGAGGAAAGCGCGGCUUCGCUUCAUGAAAAAGUUCUAUAAAUGAGCAGAGAAUGCGCUUUGGGUGUCCUGCUACAACAACACGUUGGUCAGAAUGAACGAGAUCU